AUGCUUUGGAAAGUUGCAGAAACACCUUUGGCAAGAACAAAUCACUAUGAUUUGGAUAAUUAUAAGGCAAAGAAGUUUCAUCUCUGCAAUAUUAUGGAGUCUCUUGGUGACGAGGGGCAGACGCAGAGCUGGAGAGAAACAUAUUUGCAAAAAGUCACAGAUGUGGCUCCAAAGUUUGAG